GCGGGGGCGGUGCCCGGGUUCGAGUCCCGAGUCCGUCUGAUCCGUUCGGCGCCGCUCCUCGCCCGCUCCGCCGGCUCCCCCCGGCCGCGGAGAUGGGCGACAUGGAGUCCUACAAAGUGAUGCUGAAUGGGCCGGCACCCUGGGGCUUCAGGCUGCAGGGAGGGAAGGAUUUCAGCAUGCCACUCUCCAUCUCCAGGCUGACUCCAGGUGGGAAGGCGGCUCAGGCUGGUGUGGGAGUGGGCGACUGGGUGCUAUACAUCGACGGGGAGAGCACCAGUGCCAUGACACACAUCGAGGCCCAGAACAGGAUCCGUGCGUGUGGGGACAGGCUCUGCCUCACCCUGAGCAGAGCCCAGAACCAGCUGGGGAAGCCGCAGAAGGUGCUGAGCCUUGACAAGCAGCCCCCUCAGCUGCUGGAGCCCCCCAGCAGCCCCGUGUGUGACCCUGUGAAGCUGCGGAUGUUAGAGGACAUUGACGACUCGCAGCCCCACAGCUGGACCUCCCAGUCCCGCUCCUUCCGCAAACUGGCCCGGCUGGUGGGCGCAGACAGCAUGGAGGAUCAUGAUGAGGUGUUUGUUAGGAAGCCCAGCCAGGUCUCCAUGUCGGACCCAUCUCCGGGAGCAGCGAUGAAGACUGAGCCAGGACUGGCCCCCAGGACCCCCACUGCCACCCCGGGCCCCACCAGCCGCCCACCGUGGGCUGUGGACCCGUCGUUCGCCGAGCGCUACGCCCCAGACAAGACGAGCACGGUGGUGAGCAAGCACAGCCAGCCGGCCACGCCGACCCCCAUGCAGAACCGCAGCUCCAUCGUGCAGGCAGCCCAGCAGGCCCCGGAGGGGCCCGGCCGCACCCCCCUCUGCUACAAGUGCAACAAGGUCAUCAGGGGACGGUACCUGGUGGCACUGGGACAUUAUUACCAUCCCGAGGAGUUCACCUGCUGCCAGUGCAGGAAGAUGCUGGAUGAGGGUGGCUUCUUUGAGGAGAAAGGUUCCAUCUUCUGCCCCAAGUGCUACGACACACGCUAUGCGCCCAGCUGUGCCAAGUGCAAGAAGAAGAUCACCGGAGAGGUUAUGCAUGCUCUGAAGAUGACCUGGCACGUGCAGUGCUUCACUUGCAAUGCCUGCAAAACUCCCAUCCGCAACCGAGCCUUCUACAUGGAGGAGGGACAGCCCUACUGCGAGAGAGACUACGAGAAGAUGUUUGGCACCAAGUGCCGUGGCUGUGACUUCAAGAUCGACGCUGGGGACCGGUUCCUGGAGGCCCUGGGGUUCAGCUGGCACGACACUUGCUUCGUCUGUGCGAUCUGCCAGACCAACCUGGAAGGGAAGACAUUCUACUCCAAGAAGGACAAGCCGCUCUGCAAGAGCCAUGCUUUCUCCCAUGUGUGAGGGGUGGAAGUUCAGCUGUGCCCACGCGUGCCCCUGGCCCUGCAUGCUCCUCUCCCCCCAUCCUGAUGCCUCCAGGGAGCCAGGCUGGGCCCUUGGCCCUUCCCCUUGCUCCUGCCUCUUUCAUGGCAGCUCCUGGCCUGAAUUCAGCUGGAGACAGUGCUGGGUGCAGAGCCCUUAUAGCUGGGUGACUUCUUCUGUGCUUCCUGACUGGCCCUAGGAGCCCUGGGAAGGGGAUACUGCAUGGAUUUCCUGCCCCUGAACCACGCAGCAUAGUGAGCACAGCCAUGCUGAGGCUGGAAUGGGGGAUGCUCUGGUGCAGCCAGGCUGCUCCCUUGCUGGGGCAGGGAUGUUCCUAACACAUCCCUGAAUGGGUGAGGACCAGCCCCCUGCCACACUCUUCCUCACCUUCCCUGCUGUGUGCUUAGUGCAUGGGGCUGGAGACCCAGCCCUGCUCCCCUGCCCACAGCAGCCCCCCGAUCACCCCACAAACUGCUGCAGUGGCUUCCUGCCCUGGCUGCAUUCCAAGGGGAGUCCAUGCCUUGCAACCCCUCUGCUCCUCUGAGGCUGGCAGCACCCCCAGCCUGGUGUGCCCCAGCCCUGAGCUGGCAGCUUGUGUUGAUGGCCAGCUGGCUGUCUGCACCUGCAAGGCUUGGGCACAGCUUCCUACCAAAGAGUGCUCUGUCACCACCGUCCUGGGCCCAUCGAUGCCUCCCCCCAACCCACACCCUCUGGUCGGGCUGCACUGUUGUAGCCACGGUGCUUUUAGUGCCUUUAAUAAACACAUCUCUGCGAGUGCC